AUGUUGCAAUUAGAAUAUUUAUUUGCCAAUUACUAUAAAAUAGAUGAGACAUGUGAUAGACUAUCUUCAUUUUCCAAAAGACUCAAAAAGUUGAAAAGGAAUUCUGCAACUAGUUCGAUGAUUAUUAAUAUGUCAAGAGAAGUAGUAUGCAUCUCGUACCAUUUUACAAUAUGCUUCGCUUUGCUAAUCCUUCUACAGUCCACCAUUGCCAUUCCAAUCUUCUAUUCCAGGAAAUUGACACUACGGCCGGAUGAGUUUUUGUUAACUUAUAUACCCCAAGAAGGUCUACUAUCUCGAGGUGAGUAUGAGAGUUGGUCCGAUGUUUUCGAAAAUACUCAUAAUGAUCAUAUUCCAUAUUUACCAUUCCGACGACUUACACGGAAUACUGGUUCAGGAGAUGAAGCACGCUAUCAGAUCCGUCAUGUGGGUGACUUACCAAUGUUUCGAUUUGGAUAG